UAAUAAAGAUAUCGUCUGGCAAAUGUUGAGGAUACCUCACCGACAAUAAGUCUUCUGAAAUUUUGCCCAUAAAUAUUUCGUGGCUGUUGAAUUGCUGUUGGACGAUCGCGUAUGGUGUUAAGGCCAUCAUCCUCAACUUGGACACGUUGGCAACUUGGCAUAAACAGAAAUAUAAAAAGAAAAAAGCAUGCAAACACUACGGCUAUAGUUUUCAGACCAUGUCCACGUAGACUAUAAGCAAGAAUUUUUCGCUCCGCCAUUUACACCGCUUGAUCGAGCAUGCGUAAGAUUAUCAAAGAGAGUUUUAAACUUGUCAACCAUAUUCUUCCCUGGAUAUUUGGGAUAGCCAUUACACUCACCCAAAGCCAAGAUGUGGAUUGGCCAAGCGGUGGCUAUGGUCUUCCUAAACCCAAGUCAGGAUGUCCAAUAAGUAAAACGAGCGUAUGGAGCGAAGGAUGGAGGCUUCAGGACAUGGAAGAUAUAGCCAAAGCUUCGCGAUUGUCAAAUGGGUCACACUUACACAUCGAGAUUAUUGGUAGAGGAAUCGAUUUAAACAGGACCUUUUGUAUAAAACAAAAUUUAACCGGAAUUCAAAGAGGAUCCUGGCCGAAUGGUGAAUAUUGUAUUUACAAGAGCGAAGAUAGCAGGUGUCCGGAGGAUAUGUCGUCCGGGUGGGUAAAAUGGAAUGAUGAAGAUUGGGCAAACGCAAAUAACAAAGGUGGUUCGCUUCCUCAAGGCGUAUAUAACAACGAGACCCUGAUUCAUUACUGUUGCCAAACUAAUGGUAAAUGGUCUGAUUCCAUCGAGCUACCAGUGAAUCAACCGUUUUAUUUAUUGACGACCAACUCUGUUGAAACUCCAAAAUGUCAGAUGGUGAAAUGGGCAAACAGUCGCUUGGAGUACGUUGUGUUUGAUACGGAAAAGAUGUCGAAUGGAGAAUUUCAAAAAGGCGACCAUGUGUUUAUUAAGCCCAGACGAAAAGUGUAUUACUGCUAUUAUGAAAGAUGUCAUCGCACAAUGAAAAAUGUUUCCAGCGGUUCGUUCGAAUCUUAUCCAGCACCAGCUACCGAAAUGGAUCCUCGUUCCCAGUACUGCUCGUGGCUAAUUACCAUUCCUGCAGCAUUUGGUGCUGUUUCCUUGAAUUUCAGUGAAAUGACUAUACCCAGCUGUGAUGACUCAUUUCUAAGAAUUUACGAUGGUGGCAACGCGAAAGCGCCUUUGCUGGGUUCAUAUUGCGGAUCAAAUGCCAGCGCACAAGUCAAGAUUAAUUCAUCGACAAAUAGUUUAUACGUCGUGGCAAAUUCUGGGAGACAUGGAAAAAAUGGAAGCGACAUUUUUUCUUUUCAAGCCCAAUAUCACAACGAAACUUCCACAACGUCAACGAAAGGUUCAGUCGACAAUUUCAGCGAACUUGUUAUUAUAAUCUUGACCGUGGGUGUGUUCCUAGUCCUCGUUCUCGUCAUUAUCGUUGUGUUGGUAAAAUACAAACAGAGGAAAACUAUUGUCAAUAAUGCAAUAGAGAUUGGUGAACACUCACUGGGACCAUCACAGGAACCAGUACGUUCAGAUGAUGAAAUAGUAUGUGAAGCACAGGUGCAAACGUCGCCAGAAGAAUUAACUUCGCCUGAAAAUUAUAGCGCUUACGUUAUCCCCCUACAACCCGAACAGUCAUAUGCUGUACCAGCAGAUCAGAACACGGGACCAUACGAAGAUCUUUACGUGAUUUCCUCCGAACCAAACUUGCCUGUUUACACACAGCUGGAUGCUUGCGAACGAGAUAAGGAAAAUUAUUAUCAAAAGUUGGUUCAUUCGGAUGAACCCGAACAAGCAUGUGUUCCUUGAGGAAAACGAAGUAAUCCUGAUUUUAG